AUGCACUCCACAAUCCUGCUUGCCACUCUGGCCGUGGUUGUCCCGACGAUCCUGGCAGAGGAGCUCCGUUUCGACGACGUACCGACCGCGUGUAAAAUUAUCUGCCAGCCAAUCGUCGACCUCACCAACACGUGCGACGUCGACCCCCAGGAGAUGGACAUGGACAAGGCCAAGCGGGGGGGUCUGCUCCUCCGCCGGGCAGAGGAGUCGGACGAGGCCAUCGAGGCUAACUGCAUCUGCACGAACAAGAGCUUCGACGUCGCGGGCGUGAUGGGGCUUUGCGCGAGCUGCAUCGCUCAGAACGGGGCCACCACAGAUGAUGCCAGCAAGAUCAUGUCACAGUGCUCCUUCACGUCGACUUCCUACACGCCUGCAGCGACAACAGCAGUGGCAGGCAUUCAAGUCCAGGCUACAAAGCCCGCAAGCACCGGCGCGACAUCUACGGGGGGCACAUCGUCAUCCACGGGCCUGGCUCAGAGCGGGGCUGGCAAGCUGGCUGCUUCUGUUGUGUCUGCCGCUGGCGUGGGGUUGGCAGCGGUGUUGCUCCUCUGA